GACUUGUGCGUGUCUCAAAGCAUCUUGGCCAAAAAUCUCAUCAAAUCAAGCGCCCAUCAUCUGUCAGGAAACCAUUUGAUCGAGAAAUUAGCGGAAAAUAUGGUGGAAAAGAGGAAGAAGAGGGGAAAGAUACGGCACGAUCAAUCGAUUUUGAAAGUGCAUCGAUCUGUUCAUGUUCGUGCUAUCAACUGCCUUCUCCAGAGACUGACCUUCGACAAAGGUAUUCGAUACGUAAUAAUCAUUUGGAACAUUCCGAUAUUCAAUCACCACGACAAUCCGUCAUGUUUGAGGAACAAUCUCCCGGGGCAAGUACCGGCAAUCGACCAAUUCGUACAACUAUUUGCUAA